AAUAACGUCAUCCGAGAUGUGCUAGAAAAAACGUCAUAUUCGGCAUUGUCAAAGACAUGACAAUCCCCAACCAAAUAUCAACAAACUGUCGUCGUACUGCAAGUAUCACCUGCACACAGUAUUGAAUCAUCGCUUCUGCGAUUACUUAACUAGUGUGAGCACUAGAGCGCAGGAUCAUACUUCAUGUGGUAGCAGCCGGAUAAGUGUUUACAGUGCGAACACCGUUUUGCUCCAAACAUGAGUUUCAUACGAAGACUUACCGCGGUCAGCACUCCUGGAUUAAGCAGAAGUUUCUCCGUAUCCACACCAAAUAAUGGCACAUACUCAUGCAAACUCCUGGUCAUAGGUGGGGGUACGGGUGGGAGCGCGACUUCGGCCAAGUUUGCUAGAAGACUGCCAAAACAUAGCGUCAUAAUCCUCGAGCCAAGCAAAGACCAUUACUACCAGCCUCUAUGGACGUUAGUCGGUGCAGGAGUGGUGACGUUAAAGGAUACUUGGCGACAGCAAGCAAAUAUCCUCUCCAAAAACGCCCAAUGGAUACAGGACUCUGCGAAAACUAUUUUACCUGACGAGAAUAAAGUGCUGACCUCGGACGGACAUGUCAUCAACUACGAGUACCUCGUUGUAGCUUCUGGGUUGAUCAACGAUUAUGAUAAGGUACCUGGUCUAUACCAAGCUCUAGAAGACAAGACAAGCGGUGUAUCCUCGAUAUACGAUGCGGCGUACUGUGAGAAGACAUUCUCAGACAUCAAGAGACACAAGGGAGGCAACGCCAUCUUCACGUACCCUGACACUUUAAUCAAGUGCCCCGGUGCGCCGCAAAAGAUCGCCUACCUAGCUGACUCGUUCUUCAACAAGACCAACGUUCGUUCGAAAACCAAUAUUUACUACAACACCUGCCUCCCAGUUAUCUUCGGUGUUCCUAAGUAUGCUGAAGAGCUGAUGAAGGUCGUGAAGAGGAAAAACAUCAAUGUGAAUUACAAAACUGUACUCAAAGAGGUCAGGCCGGAAAAGAAAGAGGCUGUCUUUUACAACAAAGAACGAAUGUCCGAGGAUAUAGUGAUGGACUACUCGAUACUACAUGUAACGCCCCCAAUGAAGACGCCGGAUUUCUUGCGAAGUAACCAGAAGUUGACUGAUGAAAAUGGCUUCUUGGACGUAGACAAGUUUACACUACAGAGCAAUAGAUAUCCCAAUAUCUAUGGUAUUGGAGAUUGCACGAGUACACCGAACAGCAAGACAGCUGCUGCUAUCGCCCCACAAAGCUACGUGUUGGAAAACAAUCUCCUGGCCACGAUGAAGAAGGACGAUCCUAAGUUCAAAUACAACGGGUACGGCGCGUGUCCCCUACUGACGUCAUACAAUACUUGUAUUCUCGCAGAGUUUGUCUACGGCGGGAUACCACAUGAAACGUUACCUUUUAACCAGGCUUCAGAAAGCGUGAUUGCGUUCUACAUGAAGAGAUUUGUUUUCCCAGCCAUUUAUUGGCAUCUAAUGGUAAAGGGAUACUACCACGGGCCGGAGACAAUGAGGAAAAUAAUGCACCCAUUCUCAAGGAGCUAAGCAUUAACGACAUUUGAUAAUAUGUACUCGAAAUGACUAUAAGGACUUUGACAUUUAAAAAUAUUCGCACAUUCAAGUGUCGAUUUAAAAUUAAAACACUU